UCAAUGCAUGUUUAUUUGAACUGAAAACUGCAAGUCAUUUGAAUCCGAAAUUCAUCACAAAAUGACCGCAUGUACUGACACCAACACCAUAACAGAACUUUCAAAAAUAAAAACAGAAGCAGAUAAACUGGACUGCGCUGUUUGUGGAGACAAGUCGACCGGGAAACACUAUGGAGUCAGCACAUGCGAAGGUUGUAAAAGUUUUUUCAAGCGCACUGUCCGAAACAGUACAUCAUACACUUGCCGUGGAAAUAACAACUGUACAGUGGAUAGAGACAAUCGAAGUCGCUGUCCAUCUUGCCGAUUUCAAAAGUGCCUCAGCACUGGGAUGAAGAAAGAAGCAGUACAAACAACCAAGCUACCCGCUUUUUCUGGUUUCUCCUUCCCGUAUUUUGGAGAUCCCAAUGGGCUUUACGCACCGGGGCUUUUACCAUUUACAUUCCUUCAACCUGCGCUGUCCAAUCCGGGGAAUAUUCACAUGGGAAUGUUCCCACAACCACAGGGAACUUCUGAAGUCGUUUAUGAGUUAGCCGCCCAUGUGCUCUUCUCUGUGGUGGACUGGGCACGAAAGCUGCCAACAUUUAAUAACCUGGUAGAGAGCGAUCAAAUCACGCUGCUUAAAAUGGCGUGGAGCGACCUGUACGUACUAGAGAGUGCCCGCAGUCCAAUUCACCUGUAUAUGCAGCAGUUGUACGCCACAGCGAACAUGCAGGCCAGGCAAGUGUCCAUGGAGAAUAUCCUUAAGCGGAUGGAGCAUGCCCGCUUGUUUCAGGACCAGAUGGAGAAAGUCCGCUCGCUUGGAAUGGAUCUGACAGAACAUUUUCACAUAAAGUGCAUCGUCUUGUUCAGAACGGACGGUUCACCAAUUACACAGCCCCAGCAGAUUGAGAUCCUCCAAGAUACCUCCCAGAGUUCUCUGGAGCAGUACAUCAGAACCCAAUACUCCAGUCAACCCACUCGCUUUGGCAAGCUAUUGCUCAUGUUGUCAUCUCUGAGGAAAAUUGAGCCCACAGUUAUUGAACAGCUGUUUUUCGCCGAUGUUUUGCGCGGAGCAUCGAUGGGAGACGUUCUCAAGAAGAUGCUAACCAGCAACUCGACAGCACCGAUUGUUCAUGGUUCCUUGAUGGCAUGAGAGGCACCCUAUAACCAGUCAGUGGACCUAUUUAAAGAGAAAAUUGAAUAUUGAGCUAGCGAAAUAAUCAGUCGCCAUGAGAUCAGCCUUCUCCCAGUUUGAUCGCUAAGCUUUCUGUGAUUCGGGUUAUCGAGCAAUCAAAACGACCACUGAUGACAGGCCGUGAUUGCUAUCAAAGUGGGGUGGGGGCGGGGCCUCAAAAAUAGAAGUUCGAUGUUAACCCUCACGAAGUAGUGAUCCAAAAUGAUUGGUCGAACAAGAUGAUGCAACUCAAAAAAAUUGUUUACAUAGUCAAAAGAUGUCAAAGAGUCGUAUAAAAUCAUCAUAACUUAGUA